GGAAGUACGGGACGCCGCGGAGCUCCGCUGCGGGACUAAAAACGUGUUAAAAUCAGCAGAUUAAGAUUAAAAUCACGCUGGAUGGAUUUAUUUACUCACCCGACUCAGAAGUGAUCGUUAAAGCCGAGAAUCAGGAGCAGAAAACCAACGAGACGGCGCUGCUAAAGCUAAAGCUAAGUGUUAGCCUAGCAUCUCUGAACGGAGAUAAAACUGGAAACUGCUGUCAAAUACCGGAUCUAAAACUGUCAGAUACCGGAUCUAAAACUGUAAAGAACGACCUCUUAAGAAGAAAUAGUGUAAGAAAUACGACCUCUUACGCCGUAUCGGGACAAUCAGACAGUGGGAAUAGUGUUACCUUCAUGUGAAGCGACUUUCCUUUGUGACCGUCUGGACCGAGACCACCAAAAGACCCUGAUCCAAACAUGUCCAACACGGUCCUGGAUGUCGGUACCGGGGUCUUCAUCAUAGCCCUGGUCUGGAUCGGAGCUCUGCUGUUCGGGAUGUUUCUGCUGAAAGCGUCCGGAUCUGCAAAGUUAGGAAUCAUCCCCGUCUUCCUGCUGGCGCUGUGCGUCACGCUGCUGCUGGUGUUCUUCCCCCGCAGCGAGGAGGCCCCGCCCCCUUACCAGGAGACCCGGAUUGUGGACCAGCUCUUCAUCACCCGCUACGUGCUCCUGGCUGUGACCGCCGCCGUCCUCCUGGGCGCCUUCUUCCUGCUGCUCCCCUUCCACCUCAUGGAUCCGGUUUAUGCCAAACCUCUGAGGACGUAGCAGAGCCGUGGGGGGUCCCGGUUCCUCUAAACCACCAGGACUCUGCCAGGACCCAUUUAGAAGUCUGUCAGGACCCUGAACCAGAUAUUUCCAACUCUUUUUCAGCUCAUUGUGAUUUAUUUUUGUACUGCUGUGUGUCUGAUGCUAAUACAGAUUGACUCUCCUGAUCCGGAACGCGUCUUCUUCCUGUUUCCUGCAUGAACACAUUCUCUAGGAUUAAUUCAGGAUUUUAGCUGUUUCUGAAUCUAACUCUGAUCUUCUAAUGCCUGGCAGCCAGUGGUUCUCAAACAGGAAGCAGUUUUUUAACUUCCUGCCUCUUUGAUUUCCUGAGGAUGGAUUAAAACUCUGCCACCUGCUGGCCGCACACAGGAAGCACCGUUACCUGUCUGAUCAGAGGCGGCUGGUGAAUAAAGACUGUCACUGUCGUCCUGUCGUGAACGUUCUGGUUCACGAAUCCUGCUGCAUGUCUGUUUGUGCAAGAUGCUCCUCAAUAUGUAGAAAUACUGAUGAAACUCUGCCUUAACCUGGAGGAUGCUGGAGCAGAGGUUUCAAAAUGAAAGCAUGAAAGAAAUCACGACGUGAAGAGCUGAAUGACUACUGACCGGUCGCCUUCAUGUCAGACGAGAUGGAGACCACAGGUCCGCCGUGUCCUCCACCCCUGCAGUUCAGACCAGGAGAAGACGCCACCGACUACAGACCACGUCCAUCUCUCUCCGACCAUUUACCUUAAAGUCUGUCUAAUCUCUUUUUAUUUUCAGUUUGAUUCUGUUCUAUUGUGUGUUGAUUUAACUGGAACUUUGGAUUUUUCUAUCCAGAACCAACAUUUUUAGUGAUUUUAAAGGUGAAAAAGGCUUUGUGUCUUAAAAAUGUCUGGUCCAGGAUCACUUUUCUGUCUCCAUGGUCACAUGAUCCAGUUCUGGCCUGAAAACAGGUUUCUGCUCUGAAUUAGCUGAUUAAUAGAUCGUUUUCCCACUAGUGUCAAAGUGGAAACUAGUCUGUUUAAAACAAAUAGGCCGACUUUCUGCAUAACUUAUUUAUGUUGAUCAAUCGAGGUCUUUGUUUAAACUUAGUAUUUUUAAAAGAAAAUACAUUUUUGAAAAAAUAUUUUUGACUUCAAUGCUGAUGUAUUUGUGUGAAGAUACUAACUUGAAUUUUUAUAGUUGAUUUCACAGAAUCAAUA